AUAUUUUUUUGUAAAGAAGAAAUGUCUGUCCUAAUUUUGCAAAUAGUUUAUUCCUUAUCGAAAAUAACGUAUUGGACUAAAUAAAUUUUGGUUCCGUAUUCUUUGUUCGUAAGUCAAAUUGUGAUUAAGUUAAUUACGAUUAGCUUAUUCGACGGAAGUGCUAGAGUAAGUAAUCCAAUUAGUUCCUAAUUUAAUUCUUUCUUCUAUACAUGUAACAAAAAUAGAGUAAAAAAUAAACAGUUCUAUUUAUUCUAACAAAAUGGUGCAAACAUGAUACAUUUGACAAGUUAAUCGUUGAUUAAGUUAAUUGGAAUUUGAUCGAAGUCGUCUACGUUGUCUAUCGGGAGAUGUAGCUCAUCUAAAACGUAUUUAAAUAGAACUCGCGCAUGAACAGACGGCGAGAACGUGCUCUCCGUUCCAAGAAUAUGCGUUUGUAUUUGCGGAAUAACAUCGCCGAGUUGACAUGCGUGAAACGGCCGACCAAUGAGAGCGAGGGGAUUUGACGUGCGGUACGCUGUGUGUACAUAAUCACGCGGCAGUGCGGGAUUUAAAUUUAUCGCGACCCCAGCUAACGGGCGAGAAUCGAGCUAGAACGAAAAUUAUAAUACGAUAACAAGGACAAAUUGGACUAGAUUCCGAUUAAAUUAAUCGGCAACUAGCUAUGCUGUUUUGGGAUUACUGCAGUUCCUUUUUUCGUUUUGAAUUUUUUUUUAUAUACAAUUUCUUUUUUACUUUUCUCUGUCAACCCUGCCGAUAUUGACGUGAUUCCGUAUUUAAUAUAAUGUGAUUACGAACUUUCAAGUUAUUCUUGAGCCAACAGAUCCGUUUAAUCGGUCGAUAAAAUAUAAAUCAACAAUGAGAAAAUUUUCCGGAAUUCUCGCUGCUGUCAGACAGUUUUUCUACGACCGCGGUUUUCGCGGACGGGGAGACUCCCGUGGAUCGAUCGCGGCGCGUGUCGUCCCUGCCGCGUGUAUACAUCCAUGCGUGCGGGGUACAGACAGACGCGAGAGGCGGACGGAAAACGGCGAGGCGACAGUUCGGUGAGACAGUUGGAUCGCGAGAGCGGGCGGGCGAACGAGCGAGAGUGAGUUCGUCGUUCGCAUCCGUGGGAAUUGGGAAGUCGCGAUCGCGAGUUCGGUGCGUGCACACAUCGGCUCGCGCAAUAUAUAUUAUAUAUAUUAUAUAUAUAUAUAUAAAAUAUAUAUAUGUACAUACACUGACCACACAAUGCCCGUCUCGGCUGUGAACACGAUCGGCGAGGCGAACGCGAGGUCGAACGGCGUAGCGGACGGCUCGCGAUUCUGGCCGAUCGGCUGGCUGAACGUGAUGCGCGCCUGCGACGACACGUCCUCCGACGUACGACUGGAGAAGUUGAGAUCGGCGACGACCGGCGGCGCCGUCGCGACGACGGCAUCGGGACACGGGGACGCGGACGCGACGGAGGAGCUGACGUCGAGGAAGUGCGAGGGACAGCUGUCGAUGCUGACCGCGGCGAACAGCUGUUCGUCCUGCAUGCCUGCGAGCCGUACGUCAGAAAUGGCGCAAGAGGACUACGGCCCGUCCUGGGAUAAUCUGCCGAGUGUUAUCUUGCAGGAGAUAUUCUCGUAUUUGUCGCACGAGAGCAGAAUAAUAGCCUCUAAGGUGUGCAAAAAUUGGAGAUAUACCUUGUUCCAUCCGAGGUUCUGGAGAAAAAUCACUUUUGUGUUCAGAGAUGAAGACAGCAUUUUGUGGACUCGAUUCUUGGCAAAUCGUUUUGCUUUGAGUGUACAUGAGGCUACGAUUCGUUGGGAUAUACCUAGAUAUAUCAAUUGCGUAGGUGAAACGUACAGGCUCCUAAAAAAGUUAGGUCACAAUAAACAAUUGAGAAAAUUGUUCUUGGAAUUCAAUAGUAACUUUUAUGACUCUCCCUUUGACAACGAAGAUGUCAGUACCUAUAAAAGUUCCACAGCGUUAGUAGAGUGUGUAAUAAAUAUAAUCGAGACUUCAAAUUGUCUGGAGACUUUAACUCUGGGAUUCAGGGAAGAAUUGAUAGUGCAUAUAUCUGCAAUUUUGGAACCUCUCCGUCUUCAUCACUCCAAACAUUUAACGCAUCUCAGUCUGGCAUCUAUCAAAGACGAUCCUGACUGUUAUGACUUCUUCGAGCUUGAUAAUACUAUUUUUAAUUCAUUUAUCAGAUUGUCUAUCUUAACCCUGGAUUAUGAGUAUGUCAGCGAUACUUUGUUGGUAGCAUUAGAUAACGGAUGCAUGCAAAGACUUGUGAUUCACAUUCACGGCUGGAAGGAGGAUUAUCCGGGUACAACGAAUGGAGCCUGGCAAAUGUUUGUUCAAAAAAACCCACACUGUGAGUUGAGGCUGAAUCUUAUACAUUCGUAUGCUGGCGUUAAGGUUUUGGAUACUGACAUAUUUUGUCCUGCUAUGCCACUGACACAUUUACAAGUUUUAUUCUGUGAAAACGUUAAUAUCAGAGCAUUACAUCGGUUAUCAAUGUGGUAUGCACACACGUUGACAUCAUUGACAUGGAUAGAUUCGAUAGAUCGCAAGCAGCCUAUACCAUCUACGUAUGAUUCAAAUGAUCCAAACGGUCCAGACUCAUUGGUGUUGGUGGCAUGGAAGUGUUCGAAACUUAUGAAGAUGGUUUUCUUGGGCCAUAAGUAUUACCAAGAGAAUCUGCUGGCCAUCGCGCGUCUCAGAGGCAGCACUCUGAAAUUAUUGGUAUUCGCAAAAAGUGAUAUCACAUCUGAAAUUGAAUCAUGGUUCGAGGCUGAAAACAUCAGACGUGAAAUUCGAGAUAUAAUGGGUCCACAUUGGAUGCUGUUGAAUGAUUCAGAUUUACCAAUGGUAAUAUUGGAUCCUUUUAAAGGCGACAGUAGAGAAGUGAUUAUGCCACUGGUUCUCAACGAUCAGUAAUUCUCAACAGAAAAUCAAGGAAAAUCUCUUAUACGACAUGGUUAUUGAAAAAUCCAUUUUUGGGCCAUCAACAUUUUCAGAAGUAAUGUUAUCAAAUCACACUUUCUAUUCUUCUAAGAGAUUUUUUUUUAUGAUGAGGAGUAAAACAUCGAAUGACAAAUACGCACUAUAAGUUCGAAAUCUUGUUAUCAACAUUAUCGUUUUCGGAAUUUUGGGUGCAACGCGUAAGAGAUAUAGCAAGAUAAACGCACACAUAAUUUUCUCCUCCUUUACAAUACUUCUAUCGGUUAUAUGAAUGUGAUAAAUUGUAGUCAAA